AUGCGUCCAUCGCACAGUUUAGUUCCCAGUUUUGCCGCGAUCGUAAUUGUGGCGGCGGUCGUGUGUGCACCCCUGGCCGCGGGGGCCGGCGCUGCGCCGGGGGAGGAAUCACCCGGGUUGCAGAUUCUCACAAAGGUGUUCCGGCAAUACCUAAAGUCUCAGCCUGAAGACCUAGUACUAGGAGAUGGAGUACAUUUGAUUAGCACUCGCAGUGAAAACGACGCACGUGCCAAUAUGGAUGAUGGAACCUUCCUGGGAGUCAUAGAGUCAUACCUUAGGGACCACGAAGUCAGGAUAAAGCUGCCGGAACUGAUGCCUGGUGAAGGCUUUGGCAGAGCCUUCAAGACUGCAAUGGAGGAAGUUGACGGACAGGAUGGCGAGAGUGAGUACAUUAUGAGUUUUUUUACCAGUUUCUAG